AUGUUAUAUCAACAUAUCCAUUGGUUAGUUAUUGUUCUGUUAAUAAGCUUUAGAGCUUAUCCUGGACACUCUUUGCUAGUGAAGCGUGGUAGAAUCAGGUGCUUAGAGAGGGAAAGAGAAGCUCUUCUCAAGUUCAAAGACGAACUUGUUGAUGAAUAUAGCCGACUAACUUCUUGGGGAACCCAUGAGGAUAAGAAGGAUUGUUGCACAUGGAAAGGUGUCUAUUGUCAAAACCACACUAAUCAUGUUAUUGCAUUGGAUCUUCAUGGUCCAUCAGACAAAUAUGGACUCUUGCCUACUGCCUCUCUAAGAGGUAACAUCAGCCCAUGGUUGCUUGAAAUACGCAAUUUGAAUAAUUUAGACCUCAGUUAUAAUGAUUUCAACGGUAGCCAAAUUUCAAAAUUCAUUGGCUCCCCAGGCAGAUUACAGUACCUUAAUCUGUCCUUUUCUAAUUUCAGAGGUCACAUUCCGCAUCACCUUGGCAACCUUUCGGAAUUGCAACGUCUUAGUGUCGGCAGCAAUUCCAUGUUAACAAGCUCAAACCUUAAUUGUCUUUCUCCACUUCAUUCAUUGGGAUACCUUGACCUGAGUUAUGUUGACCUCACGUUAGCAACUGAUUGGUUACCAACAAUGAGUAAACUAACUUGUCUCCAAUUGUUAUUCAUGUCAUACUGUCACCUAGCUCCACUUGUUGAUCCCUUACCUUCAAUGGUCAAUGCUUCUAAUUUUCUUUCUGAUCUUUCUCUUGAUGGAAAUAAACACUCCUCUUCUUCGGGAUUCCCUUGGUUGUUUAACUUCAGCAGUAGUCUUAUUUACCUUGAUAUCAGCUACAACAAUUUGCAAGGUCCUAUUCCUAAUGGAUUGCAAACUCGGGCCACAUUUUCCCAAUGGCUUCAUACACAGAAGGAAUUACUUAAUCUUGACAUCUCUAAUGCUGGAAUUCAUGACCCCUUACCUGAUUGGUUUUGGGAUCUCUCUCCAAAAUUAUAUCGUUUUAACGCAUCACAUAACAAAAUUCACAGCGUCCUUCCUGAUUUAUCUUCGAAGUUUUCCACUUACAUGUACAUAGAUUUGAGCGAUAAUCAGUUUAAUUGUUUAUUGCCAAGUUUGCCUCUUAAAGCAUCAGUACUGGAAUUUUCAAAUAACAAAUUCUGGGGCUCAAUUACUGAUUUAUGCAGUAAUGCUAGUUCUUGGGAAUAUCUUGAUCUCUCCAAUAAUCUAUUGUCGGGGCAACUUCCAGAUUGUUUUGCAAAUCAGAUGAGCUUAAAAUUUCUUAAUUUGGCACAUAAUAAUUUCUCGGGAAAGAUUCCUUUGCCAAAUAACAUUUCUUCUUUACAUUUACAAAAUAACAGUUUUACAAGAGAAAUACCAGCAUCAUUGAGGAAUUGUACGUCUUUACAUUUUCUUGAUCUUUCAGAAAAUAAGUUGACCGGUGAAAUACCCACGUGGGUGGGAGAUCAUUUGUCAAAAUUGGUCCUUCUAAAUCUGCGUUCCAAUCAGUUCUUUGGUACCAUUCCUUUAAACUUGUGUCAUUUAACUCUUUUACAAGUCCUAGACAUCUCUUUCAACAAGAUUUCUGGUACUAUACCGAAAUGCUUAAGCAACCUCAGUGCUAUGGUUCAGCAAGUGGAGUUUGAGUUGUAUGCGUAUAUUCAAUCAUCGCGAUUUAUUUACCUUGAGGAUGCAGAAGUGACAUGGAAAGGAAAGGAAAACGAGUACAUAAAGAGUCUUAAACUGGUGAAGCUCAUUGAUCUUUCAAGCAAUAUUUUAGUUGGUGAAAUUCCUCCUGAAAUUACAAGUCUUGUGGGUCUAGUUCCGUUGAAUCUUUCAAGAAACAACCAAAGCGGACUCCUUCUUGUGAAGCUUGGACUGUUACAAACUGCUCAAGAUGAUUUCCGGGCUCAGUUAACCUUUAAAACACCGAAUCAACACCAAAACCGAAGGUACCCGCUGCCGACCUCACGAGUUCUACCUAUGGUUGCUUUUCUUCCUUCUGCUUGUUGUUUGCUCACUCACAAAGAAUGA